GAAUUUUGUGAUGUGUAUGUGAUGCUUAAUUUAAACAGCACUAGAAAAAAUCGAAAAAAUAAAAAAUCAAACAAUAUGUCGAAAAUUUUAGAAACACAGUGUUGCAAGUGCGGUGGUUCAGCAACAAAAAACAAUACACUAGUGGAAUGUGAAUUUGUGACUUGUCUGAAGGUCAUUCAUGACAAUUGCAACGAUCAUCCAGUGAGAAUAGACGGCGAUAACAAAUUCGUUUGCGAUGAGCACAGAGCGAGAUUUGAACAAGAUCAACAGGAAAAGGCGGAACAUUCCGUUCAAGAAGUAGACUUAACGUCAGUGGAACCUCCUAAAAAUAGUGAAGAGAAUUCUAAUCUUCAGGAAAAAACAGUAAAUCCGGAGUUAAAGGAUGAUAAUGUAACCAGAAGAAGCAAGAAGUUUUUAUGCGCUAUUUGUAAGGAUGAGGAAGCAACUUCUUCUACGAUCUUGGUAACUUGCAUUUCAUGCAAUAAAAUUUUUCAUGAUGUGUGUCUAGCGAAAUUUGGUGAGUUCAAUAUUCUGAAUGGUGUAGUUUUGUGUGUCUCUUGUAAUUCAGCUAAAUAUGACAUUGAAAAAUCGAAAAAAUUAAAUCAGGCUUUGAUGAGCAAUAGCUCUCGUAAUGAAACUGAUACUGAUCAAGUUAAGAAGAAGAAGAAAAAUAAAACUAAAAAGAUUAAAAAGCCUGAUCAACCAAAUUUCAGUUCGGAUGAUAAACAUAUACAAUUUGAUUCUAAUACAGAAAUUGAUUCAGAGUUGAGCAGUGAGUAUAAUCAGUGCUUAGUAUCUACUCCAAAAAUUACGAAGCGAGCUAAAUUAAAUAAACCAAAAAAUUUGAUUGCUCCUGAUCAAGCCAAUUCAAAUAAUCCACCUAAUUCCAAAGAUCCUAAUCAAAACAAGGCAAUGAACUUGAAAACACCUAAUCUUCGAAAGUCCUUGAUGGCCAAAGCCUUAGAAACUUCUGUGUUGAAUAAUCCAGGAAAUAUGGGGCAAAGUGACCCAUGUUUGAUACUGCAGAUGCAACAAAAAGGAUAUAAAAAACUUCCAGUUGUUGACACAAGCUUGUUUGCAUGGGAAUCAUUUUAUAUGGCUUAUCUUGAAUCGAAAGAUUUCUUUUCUGCCACUGAGAAUUUGAAUAGAGUCAAAGAAGCCUUGCGUCAUCCAAAAGUUUUACUGAUGGCACAAGAAUCAUUGAAUCACAUUGCAACAUUCGAAGGGGCGUUAAAAGAGAUAAAUGAUAGAUUAGGAAGUCAAGAGACUGCAUUGCUUGACAAGGCACAGAAAAUAAAAGAUGCCAAAAAUUUGAGAGAUGAAGAUUAUGAAGGUUUAGUAAAUUUUAUUGAUCAAAUUAAAGAUUUGGGUCGUUUACUUGAAGCCGCAAAGGAUAAAAUGUAUUCUUACAAUUAUCCUUUCCUGAUAGAGAUUAUUGAAAAGUUUCCGAGAAAUCUCAAUACCAAAUGGAUAAAGAAAGUGAACGAUAUCAAUCAUAAACUCCAUAGAACCCCUAACUAUAGAGACUUGACAUUUCUUUUAAAUGAUGAACAAAAAAUUUAUGAAACUGCUCACCGGCAACAAGUCAUGUAUCGACAUCAUAAAGCUUCAACUGCAAGUGAAUCCAGAAAUAAAGAAAACAAAGAAAAACUCUGGAUUAAUCAACAUGCGGAAGGUCCAUUAGAGGGUGUUGGUGAAAAUAGUUGUUACUCUCAAAAAUUUUCUAAUACAGAGGUUUUAACUGCUGAUUUAAAAUGUUGGCGGCAUAAGGACGCUAAGCAUAGAUUCAGUAAAUGUAGACUUUUGUGGCAAUUAGAUGGGAAAGUGGUCAAGGCGUUAGCCUUAGAAAAUCACAGAUGUAUCAUUUGUGGCAUGCCUGAACAUAAAAAUUGUCCUGCAGUAGACAAGUUGAAAUGCACAGUACAAGGAUGUGAGGAGAAGCAUCACGCUCUGUAUUGUGAAAAGAGAGUCGGGGAUAAGAAGAAAACAGACUCUUUCAGCUUCAAUCAGCUUAUUCAUGAUUUAAACCAUCGUGAUGAGGCUGACGAAUCUGGCAGUGACAAUGAAAUAAUUCAAGAAAUGUUGCAAAUAAAAAAUAAUUAUUACAUGAAUUCAGAAAAUCUAAAUGCUAUGUACAAGCAUGAAGAAAAUAUUUCUAAAUUGCCUAAGGGAAAUUCAGAGUUUAUUAUAAAGAAAUCUUCUGAUAAUAUUUUGGGAAGUUUAGUUGUAAAAUUGAGUAACGGAAGGUCAGUGGCGCUUUUAAUUGAUUCUGGAAGUACAUUAUCAUUGAUUGAUGAGUCUGUGGCAAACGAAUUGGGUGUCAAAGGUCCAAAUUAUCCUUUAGAAAUUAAUUGGACAGGCGGACACAAAAGGGUUGAGGAAGAAUCGCGUAUGGUUUUAAUAAAAUUGCAUAAUAUGAAUGAUUCUAAAAUAGCUCACGAUUUUUAUUUCCGCACAGACAAAAAUUUAAAAAUGGGAAAUCAGAAAUUAAUCGCUGAUGACUUCAAACAUUAUGAGCACCUGCAAGGCCUCAAAUUUCAUGAUUACAAUGAAAUCGUUGGAAUCGUUGGCAUUGACAACAAGUGGAUAUUUGAAGUUGGAAAAGUAAUACGAAGCGAAAAAGAAGAAGAGCCAUUUGCUGUUUCUACUCCGUUAGGCGACUACUUGAUACAUUGCAAAAUUAAUUCCAAGAAAAUUUAUGAGGAUUUUAUGAAUAAUAAAAACUCAAGUACUGAGAAAUUAAUGUUUUAUAAUUAUAUGAUAUCUCAGGAAGAGUUGGAAGAAUUUAGAAAACUCGAAAAAGAAUUUCUUGAAGAUUUGAAUACACCCAAUUGCAACAACGAUAGAAAUCUUUAUGAAGAUGAGAUAGCUUUAAAAAUGUUAGACGAAAAGGUAUACAAAGAUGAAUCUGGAUAUUAUCAUGCUCCACUGUUGUGGAAAGAGGAUUUGGAUUUAGACAUUGUUAGACUGCAAUUCUCAAAGAUUUAUUACUAUACGGACAACGCUGCGAUCCUUGAAUGGAUAACCAAUGGAUCCAAAAAGAGGACAAUAUUCAUGCAAAACCGUCUGAAGGAAAUAAACAACGAAAAAAGAGGAGCGGUAUGGAGAUGGAUUUCUACUGAUAAGAUGCCCGCUGACUUGGGCACCAAAAAACAGAAAUUGGAAAUCAGUUACAAUAAUAAAUGGUUUAAGCCAGAGGUUAUGGAAACUGGAUUAUCAAAUCUAGAUUUGGUCUAUUUUCAAGGGUUUCAUCAAGAAGAAACCACGCCUGAUCCGCUACAAUUCAUCGAUUUUGGUAAAUAUAAUACACUUUUCACACUAACAGUUUUUCUUCAAGUCUUUCUCAGAUUUGUUCAUUGGCUGCAAGUCAUCAAACCUUUACAAAAGAAGUUAAAACAGGCUAGAGACAUGCCACACAACACUAGAAGACGUCAAGGUAAAAGAGAAACCGAGAUCGAAAUUGAAAAGAAAUUACUGCCUGAAAUCGAAACAUUAAAAUCCAUGACAUUUGGCUACGCAAAAGCUCAUAAAUUACUGAUCAAGACUGCUCAACAAGAGAGCUUAGGGAAAUAUAGUAUAUUAACGCAUCCCGAGUUGGAAAAGCAGAUAGUUUUUUGUGACGACAGCGGAGUCAUCAGAAUUCGAAACAGAUUGCCUGAAAUCUCUCAACGACAUUUUUUCAUUAAUCGAUUAGAUGUAGCUUGGUUACCUAAAUUGCACCCAAUAACUAAAAUCAUCAUCAUGGACUACCACAAAAUUAACAAACAUAUCAUGAUAAAAAACGUGGUAGCAGCAAUUGAAACCAGAUACUUUAUCCAUAAGAUCUUCAGCGUCGUUAAGAAAAUUAUCAACACAAGCUGCAUGUUUUGUAAACGCUACAAGUUUAAACCUGAGCUGCCGUUGAUGGGAGACUUGCCAGAAGAAAGAAUUGGAAUAUAUGAGUUCCCUUUUACUUUCUCAAUGAUUGACAUGGCCGGGCCUAUCUUGACUAAAACUUCAGAAUUUGCUAAAGCUAAGAGAUAUGUAUUGGUGUACAGCUGUAUGACAACAAGAGCAGUUUGGCUGGAACUAGUACCUGACUUGACAGCGGACGCUACCAUGAAGGCAAUAAACAAUAUUGUAUGUCACGUAGGUGCAGCUAGAACCAUUAUAACUGAUAAUGGCACAAAUUUCGUUGGUGCAAGUAAAAAAUUCAGCGAACUAACCGAAUUCUGGAAUAAAAAGCUGAUUGAGAAGGGGUCGAUUAUUACUCCAAUUGAAUGGAAGUUUGGUCCAGCCAGAGCUCCUCAUUUUCAAGGAGCUGUUGAGAGAAUGGUGGGACUCACAAAGAGAGUAAUGACAAUGUUUCUGAAAGAAAUGAAAACGCGAUUAAGUGAUUUGGAUGAUUUCGAAGUUAAAAAUGUACUGAAUGAAAUAAUGUGCAUAUUAAACAAUCGUCCUUUAACGAUAGUCCCACUCGAAAACGGCACACAUGAAAUGCUGACACCUAACAGCUUUCUCAUGAGACGAAACAAUUCUCAAACGAUACCAUUUUCCAAUGUGGAUCAAUCUAAAAUGACUUAUGAACAACUGAAAGAAAGCAUGCGUCCUUUAUGGGAACAUUGGAUAAAAUACUACCUACCUACGAUCAACAAAAGAUCAAAAUGGAAUAAACUAGCUAAAAAUCUUGAGGUCGGAGAUCUUGUUGUGACAGCUGAUACUUCUGUUGGCAACAGCUGGAGAUUAGGCAGAGUUAUAAAGGCGCCGACAGGCUCAAAAGGACAAGUUAGACAAGUUGAAAUACAGCUGGGUAAACGAAACCAAAGCAUUCAACCAAAUGAUGUUCCAGAGGCUAUUAGGACCAAAUAUCUGAACGAGAAGUCCACAGUUGUUAGGCGUGCUACUGUUGAAGUGGCAAAAAUAGACAUCGAGUACGUUCUUGAGAUUUUCGAAAAGUUGUCGGUCUUUGAAGUGAUUCAUUUCGGACGAAAAGACUUGAACUUGACUAGAAGUGAAAUUUAA